UGGAGUAGCAAGUGAGAAGAUUCCGGAAGAGGCGGGCGUUACAGCAAAAAAAGCAAUGAACAUAAAACCCGAUACGAACCGACACGUACUGACGAUACAGGCGAAGAAGAAACGUCAUAAGACGGCGAAAAAGAAGGCGAAACAGCAGGCGACGGCAGCAGUGGCGGCGGCGGCGGCGGCGCAAGCAGCGGCGCAGAACAGCAAUAGUUACAGGAGCGGCCAGAAUCACCAGUCGCCUGCAACGGCGGCUUCCAUUGGCGGUGGUGCUUUCGUGGGCGGCGGGUCAGAACUCCACGAGGACGACGACGAACAUGACGAUAUGAUCCUGGGCUCGACGUCGGGUGGUGGCGCGGUGGUGGUCGGUGGUGGCGUUGGUGUUUCGAUGAACGACAGCCAGCAUUCGGUGUCAGCUGUGGCAGCGGAUACGGUACGACGUGGUUCAAAGUCAGCAGUGCAUACGGUGGCAGCGCUGGACGCGACCACUAGCUCAUCGAACGAGACGAUCGAGCAGGACCGGGAUGCCGAUGGGUACACGAGCGAGGAGGAGGAACAAGAGUGCCGCGAAGAUUACUGCCGGGGCGGUUAUCAUCCGGUGAAGCUGGGUGACCUGUUUCUGCAGCGGUACCAUGUGAUCCGGAAGCUUGGCUGGGGUCACUUUUCGACUGUGUGGCUCAGUUGGGACCUCGAGGAAAAGCGGUACGUUGCGCUGAAGAUCGUCAAAUCGGCACAGCACUUUAGCGAGACAGCAAAGGACGAAAUACACAUUCUCAAGACGAUCCUGGACGCAGAUCCGACCGAUACAAAGCGUAACAAGGUGGUGCAGCUGCUGAACGACUUCCGGAUAACGGGUGUCAACGGUACGCACAUAUGCAUGGUAUUCGAGGUGCUCGGGCAUAAUCUACUGAAGCUCAUCAUGAAGUCAAACUAUCGCGGCAUCCCGCUGGCAAACGUGAAGUCCAUCAUCCGGCAGGUGCUCGAGGGGUUGGACUAUCUGCACACGAAGUGUAAGAUCAUCCACACGGACAUCAAGCCGGAAAAUGUGUUAGUGUGUGUAAACGAAAGUUACGUGCGUAAAUUGGCCUGCGAGGCUACGGAGAUGCACGCAAUGGGUUGCAAGCUACCGAUUUCGCUCAUCUCUGCCGCGCCACCCCAGUUCCAGGAGCAACCGAUGAGCCAGAAUAUGAGUAAAGCGAAGAAAAAGAAGAUGAAGCGAAAGGCGAAGAUGCAGUCGGAGCUAAUUCGGCUGCAAAUGGAGCACAUUCAGCAGCUGGAGUUCGGCAAUACGGUCGGAAUGUCGUCCUCCACGUUGGGCCUGUUGGAAAACGGAACCGAUGGAACAGAGUCGGGUAAGACAGCAACGGCCGUUAGUGGAAAUGUGGACGAUGUUGGUGGUAGCACGGGAAUGAAGGGUGGUCGCACCGUAACUACACUUGGCAGUACCUCUACAACUGCCACUAGCACCACAACGACGACCGCCGGCACGACCCUCAACUCUCCGCUAGAAAGGAAAGAGCCGACCGAAACGAGGCGGCUGCUAGUGAACGGAACAGCCGGUGGUGGCAGUAAGGAGAGUGCCGGUGACGACGGUACACCAUCGUCCGGAGAAGAAGAUCGGCCAACCCUGACGCCGUGCGCGUCAACGCUUUCCAGUCCAUCGAGUAGCGAGGCAACGUCUUCGAACAACAAUGACGAUAUCUCUAGCGACCGGAAAUCACCCGCCAGAAGUGGCGGACCCGAUGUGGAGAAAGAAACAGAUGGUGACAGGGAGCACGAUCCGAAAUCGCCGGACAAACCUUCCUCCUCUUCGGUGCAUUCGGGUACAUCAGCAUCGAAGCUCGACAUUAGUGAAUCGGUGCGCAAAAUACUCUCGUCGGUGCAGGAAAGCAAAGAUCCGGCGUUUGAGGUGUGUGACAUUGAUGUGAAGAUAGCGGAUCUCGGCAAUGCGUGCUGGGUCGAUAAGCAUUUCACCGAUGACAUCCAGACGCGCCAGUACCGUUCGCUGGAAGUCAUCAUCGGUGCCGGGUUUGACACGUCGGCGGACAUCUGGAGUACCGCCUGUAUGGCGUUCGAGCUCGCGACCGGUGACUAUCUGUUUGAACCGUUCUCCGGGAAAGAUUACUGCCGGGACGAUGAUCACAUCGCACACAUUAUCGAGCUGUUAGGACCAAUCCCCAAACGUAUCGCACUGUCGGGUAAGAACUCGAGCCAUGCCUUCAACUCGAAGGGUUUGCUGAAAAAUAUCUCCGGCCUGAAGCCUUGGGGGCUGGUGGAUGUGUUGAUCGAGAAGUACGAGUGGCCGGAGGAAGAUGCGUUCGAGUUUAGUGAUUUCCUCAAACCGAUGCUGGAUUAUGAUCCACGAACGCGUGCCACAGCGGCCGACUGUCUGCGUCAUUCGUGGCUGAAUCACUGA